UUGGUUGGUUAAUUGGCGACUGCUCUUCGUUCUUUUUUUCAUAGUUCGAAAAUCGUGUAGUUUAAGAAAAAUGAUGAGUCAAUUCAAAAAGACUAUAGUAAUAAUAAUAAUAAUCAUUUUCUGUUAUGACUUUUGAAACCGGUUUCAAUUAAUAAUAAACUAUCCACUUAACUAUUUAGUCAAAACUUUGAAAAGAAACUAAAUAUUUCCGUUGCAAAACACAAAGAUCAAGACUAAUUGAUUUGUUUUAGAUGGCGGAAUGGUGUGGAACAAAUUUGAAAAAUUGUGAUGGAUGGAAAAAUGUGAAUUUGGAAUUAUCAACAACUUCAAAUGAAAAUGCAAAAUGGUUAGAUGCUUGUAUUCGACAAUUAGUUUCAUGGUCAGAUUGUGAAUCAAUUGGUGGAUUUCAUAAAUCUCUAGAGAAUCUAGAAACAAGUGAUCCUGAUGCAAGUAAGUUUUCACCUACAGUAACGCGAGAAGAUUUUCUAUCUAGUUAUGGCUCGAUGUUUUAUUGUUGGAUUAACUGGUCUAGGAACUGAAGCUGCUGGCAGAGAUGUUGAUUUUGUACAAAAAAUGGAUAAAUUAGAAAAAGAUGCGGAAAAAUAUGGAAACAAUCGUGAAAAACAACAUGCAAAAGCAGCGAUUUUAUGGGGAAGAGGGUAAUAGAAUAUGUAUUUAUAGCUCAAAAAAAUAACCGUAAGAAAAUUAUAGAUAUCAUCAUGAAGCGGCAAUCGUUUGGGAUAGAAUUCUAGACGAACAUCCAAAUGAUUUAAUCGCGGUUAAAUUUUCACACGAUGCUCAUUUCUUCAAUGGAAGUUGCUCGGGAAAAUUGAAUGCGAUUGAAAAAGUUAUCGAAAAAUGGGAUAAAACAGAACCAUGUUAUAGCUAUUUACACGGAAUGUAUGCAUUUGGAUUGGAAGAAUCUGCAAAAUAUGAAGAAGCUGAAAAACAAGCAGAUAUUGCAUUGAAUUUGAAUCGAUUUGAUUGUUGGGCAUCGCAUGCAAAAGCACAUGUUUUAGAAAUGAAUGGAAGACAUAAAGAAGGUCGAGAUUUUAUGUAUAAUACAGAAAAUGAUUGGAGACAAGGAUGGAUGUUAGCAACACAUAAUUAUUGGCAUACUGCACUUUUUCAUAUUGAAUUUUCGGAAUAUGAAGAUGCACUUUCAAUUUUUGAUAGGUACUAAUUUUUUGAUUGGCAAAACGUAUUUUCUUUUAAAUACUUCAAAAUUUCAGAGAAGUUGCGAAUCGAUUUAAUCGAACAAAUUCAUUACUUGAUAUGGUCGACGCUAGUUCACUUUUAUGGAGACUUGAAUUAGAGGGUGUGAAUGUUGGAAAAGAAAGAUGGAGAAAAAUUGAGAAUCUUGGAAAAUAUAUUGAGAACCAUUCAAUAUUUUUCAAUGAUGUUCAUCUUGGUGUUGCACUUUAUCGCCAAGAAAAUCAAGAAACAGAAAAUUCACUUCGAGAAUCACUGGAAAAUUAUUCAAAUCUUCCAAAUGAAGACAAUUCACAGAUCACGAAAAACAUUGGAUUACCGCUUUAUGAUGGAAUGAUUGAUUAUGCAAAAGGGAAUUAUGAUGAAGCUGUUGAGAAAAUGUAUCCGAUUCGAGAAAAUGUUGUGAAAAUUGGCGGAAGUCAUGCACAACGAGAUAUGUUCGUACAAACAUUGAUUCAUUCCGCAAUUUUGUCAAGGAAACCAGAAAACUGGAAACGCACACAAAAUCUUCUGUUAGAACGAAAUUCUUUGAAAUCGAAUUCUAUUUUAGGAGAAAGAUUAGCGACAAAAUUUAGAAUUUUGCAUCCACUUUGA